CCAAAGCACGGGCGUUGCAGAGAUUUGGUCCAAGCACUCAGUAAUGCUUGUUCUUUGCAAUUUAAUGAAAAACUUCUGCUUGCAGAGAUAAGAGGCCAUUUGAUUUACCGAUUCUUGGAAGAUCCAAUGAUAUUAUUAUCUACCAUAAAAGAAGAUGACCACCUUACCGCUUACAAGAUUCCAAAAGUUUUGAAGAAAACAAAGUUCCUACAACUGAUACACCGGCAGGAAGAACAGGGUACAGGAAAUGCUCAGAGCCCUGUUGGGUGGAAACCUUAUGGAACUCCUCUUGUUUCACCAAUAUCCUGUGAUGAUACUAUAACUACAAGUGACAUACAACAGAUAGUUCAUACUAUGCUCUCACCGAUGUUAAGAACAAAAGGUUCAGGUGCUAUGACCAUGAGCUAUGCUUCAGUUGUGGCUUCAAAUGAAUCCCAUUCAGAUUCUAGUAUAGCCGAUCCAACAAAAGGAGAUGGUGGAAGUUCUAAACCAAUGCUGUCAGAGAAGCUUCCACUGCAGCUGGUUGACGAAAAUAAUGCUUGCAUCGACUUAACUGUUGGUGAUGAUAAGGUGGUCAAAUUAUCAUUAUCCUCCAUGUCAAUUCUUGUAUUUGUUGACUGGUCCCAGAAGCUUCUGGCAAGUUACGAUACCAAACACUUAGAAAAUCUUCCAGAAGUUUGUAAGCAUGUGCAUGUUAGCAAGAAAGCUCGUAAUGAACCUCUCUCAUUGUACACUUGCUUGGAAGCUUUUCUACGCGAGGAGCAUUUGGUACCUGAGGACAUGUGGUACUGUCCUCAGUGCAAGGAGAGGCGCCAGGCAAGCAAGAAACUGGACCUUUGGAGGCUUCCAGAAGUUCUUGUUAUUCACUUGAAAAGAUUCUCCUACAGUAGGUCGAUGAAGCACAAGCUUGACACAUUUGUAAAUUUUCCCAUUCAUGACUUCGAUUUGACAAAUUAUGUUGCGAACAAGAACAACACACGGCGUCAGAUAUAUGAACUCUAUGCCCUGACAAAUCAUUAUGGAGGCAUGGGUAGUGGACAUUACACAGCACACAUUAAGCUUCUGGACGAAAACAGGUGGUACAACUUCGAUGACAGCCACAUAUCGCCUAUCAAUGAAGAAGACGUGAAGUCAGCUGCAGCUUAUGUCCUAUUCUAUAAAAGGGUGAACAAUGAUAGAUCUUCUGCAGGUUACACUUCUGUCCGAUGAGGAGGGUGCAGAUAAAAUCCUGAUCCUCUUGAAAACCAUUACCGAGGGACUGUCUCAAUUGUAGCUAUGCUGUGGGAGAUCAUGGUAAGGGA